AUAUUCAAAUGUAUAUUCAAAUUAGCAUUGGUUUUGUUGUACUUUCUCAAACGGAAAUUUCCAGUGAUGCUAACUUCCGAUUUUCUUUGCAUCCCACCACUUCAUGUGGUCAAAUAAAAUAACAAUUACAAGGUUUUUAUCGACUAAAUAACUAAUGGUCAUAAAAACAACUGAUGUGACGAGCCCUAAUCAUGUAUUACUGCGCGUGGAAGUGUUACACAAUCAAACAUGGGGAUCCAUUUGUGACGAUUCUAUGGACUUACAGGAUGCUAAUGUAGUCUGUCGCCAGCUUGGAUACCAUGGAACCUUAUCAGCACCUAAAGCUGCAGCACUUGGACAAGGAGCUGGUCCAAUAUGGUUGGAUAACGUUCAAUGUGCAGGAAAUGAGACAUUGAUAUCGCAGUGCAGUCAUCGAGGAUGGGGAAUCCACUACUGUGGGAAUGCUUUGAGCCCUCUUAACUUGCCAUCUUCUGGUCGUGUGGAAGUGUCGUACAAUGGUACUUGGGGAACAAUUUGUGAUUAUUCUUGGGGUUUACUGGAUGCUAAUGCAGCAUGUCGUCGCCAGCUUGGGUAUGAUGGAGCUUUAUCAACGCUUGGAUUUGCAGCAUUUGGACAAGGAACUGGUCCGAUAUGGCUGGAUAACGUUCGAUGUUUUGGAAAUGAGAAAUUGAUAUCGCAGUGCAGUCACUGGGGAUGGGGUUUUCAUUACUGUGACUAUACCGCGGAUGCUGGUGUCGUGUGUAAACUACCAGUUCGUGUAGUAAGUCCUACCAACUCACCAUCUUCUGGUUGUGUGGAAAUCCUACAAAAUGGUACAUGGGGAACCAUUUGUGAUCACUCUUGGAACUUACAGGACGCUGAUGUAGUUGGUCGUCAACUUGGAUACGAUACAGCUUUAUCAGCAAAUGGACCUACAGCAUUUGGACAAGGAUCUGGCCAGAUAUGGCUAGNACCUCUCAAUGAAUUUGGGCCACUCGAUAGGUUUUCCUGUGAUUUGAAGAGCUCAAGCGGUGGACUCUUUCCUCGGAAGGGGACUGCCUCAGUUAUUAAUGUGCGAUUAUUUGGUGAUUACAUUCGAUCAUCGUAUGGCCUUGUUGAGGUGCAAUUUAAUGGGACCUGGGGUACGUGGUGUAGUGCUCCGUGGAACCUUAAUAAUGCUCAUGUCACGUGCCGUCACCUGGGGUUUGAUGGAGCUGCUGCCCUGGUACCCGAGUCUUACCCGUCAUAUGAUGGAGGGAGAGUCAAGUGGAGAAAUGAUCUGCACUGUUUUGGGAACGAAACUUCCCUGACUGAUUGUCCACAAACUGGAUUUAUCUCAGUCAGAUAUUGCAGCUUUCGUUACAAGGCCUCCAACGUCAUGUGUAAUUUACAAGUCCGCCUAGCAGGAGGGGUAUCUAACAAGCAAGGUUUUGUGCAAGUUUAUUACAACAACAAUUGGAACUGGGUUUGUGGUGAGCAAUGGAAAAAACAAGACGCUAAUGUGACCUGUAAUUGGCUGGGAUAUUCAGGCCCUUCUGAAGCUUACACAGACACAGCACGUGACGGUGCCAAUGGCACCACCUGGAUAAGCAAUGUAAAUUGCACUGGAGAUGAACUUUCUCUUUUUUCCUGCGUUCAUGGAGGAUGGUUUAAUAGGAGCUGUGUAAGCAAUCAAAUAGCGGGGGUGCGAUGCACCGGACCUGAGGAUGAUGUUAAAGUAACCAAUGUUCAUUGUCUUGGAAACGAGACUUCAAUAUUAAAAUGCACACACAACUUGUUUGGUGUGGGCCGCAAUUGCUGGAUAGGAGAAGUUGGUGUAGCGUGUUCUCCAUCAGUUCGUUUAGUUCGAGGACCGUCAGCCAGAGAAGGCCUUGUUCAAGUUUAUCGUAACAACACAUGGGGCUGGAUCUGCGCUAAGAACUGGAAACCUGAGAAAGAAGCUAAUGUGAUUUGUAAAGAGUUGGGUUACAUAGGCGCAUCCUCGGUAUACACAGUUUCUCCAAAUGUGCAAGGGAAUGGCUCGUUGUGGAUAAACAAUUUUCAGUGUGCUGGGAAUGAGAGCUCGCUUUCCAUGUGUGUCCACAACGGAUAUUCAAAUAACAGCUGUUCCACCGACGGAAACGUUGGCGUUGUUUGUGCUGGUCCAGAAGUAAGGAUCCGUGCAAGAGACUCGCAUACCUUACAUCCCCGUGUGGAAAUUCUGUUUGGAGGUUUCUGGGGGCCGAUUUGUGGUGAUCAUUGGGACAAGCAGGGUGCAGAUGUAGUUUGCAGUCAGCUAGGUCAUGAUAAUGCGUUAGCAGCUAUUGCUUCUUAUGGUUUUUCGGGAAUCGCAAAGGUGUGUCUGAGAUAUUUGCAAUGUACCGGAAAGGAGACUUCAAUUUUGAGCUGCUCGCACCAAGGAUGGACAUUGGUCUUCGAUUUCACAGAUGGUGAAGGAGAGCUUCCUAUACUGCCACUUGGAAAUGUCAUCUGUACCCCUACAGUGCGAAUAGUUGGAACAGCAGCAACGCCAAGUGAAGGUUUAGUACAAGUUUAUUACAAUGACAUGUGGAGGUGGGUCUGUGAUGAGAAAUGGGAUGCAACAGAUGCUGAUGUCGCUUGUCAGCAGUUAGGUUACCAAAGCUCAUCCACAACCCUCAGCUUUCCAACUUCUAACCGAGCUCAGGAGCAUUGGACAGCGUGGUUGAAUAUUGUGCAAUGUUUUGGUAAUGAAAGCUCUAUUUUAUCAUGUGAGCAUGAUGGUUUCCUACAGAAACGCACUUGUGCAACCAAACGAAUGGCUGGUAUGAUAUGUAGCGGGAGUCAAGUUAGGUUGGUUGAUACGUGUCAAGGAUCUUUACAUUCACGAGGUUUCGUGGAAGUUUUUUUCGGAGGAGUUUGGGGAGCAGUGUGUCCUGAUUCUUGGGAUCUCAGCAACGCUAAGGUAGUAUGUCAACAACUAGGCUUCGAGGGAGCACAGAACACAUCUGAUCCUUCCGCAUGUGAAGGGGAUACGCCUGUCACCUGGAUGAGUAAUGUACAGUGCAAAGGCAAUGAGACUUCACUGUCACAAUGUAAACACCAGGGAUGGAAUGCCACUGGAUUUUGCCCGUACUAUUUUUCUGCAAGUGUUAUUUGCAUCCCUCCAGGCGCUUUAGAACCGCCAGAAUUUGUCUCAAGCGACUUUGGAAAUAUUGACAUGGCAUGGAAUUCCUGAAGGUCCUCAAAAUUCAAUGUGCAGGUAUGGAGCAACGACACCAUGACAUGGGCCCCUGCACGCUGUAAGGAAAGUUUAAUCGCUGAUUGCUGCGUGAGAGAGAGUCUGAAAGCCACUGUGGUGAACUUGAAACCAUCCACUACAUACUACUUCAGAAUUUUUGUGAGUAGAAUGUCCAUCAGUACCCCAUCAGGACCAAUGAGAACAAAGAAUCUUGAUCCGCCUCAAAAGCCUACCUUCAAAAGAGCAACCGCAAAUAGCAUCACUAUUGAAUGGAAGUCAACCUCUUUACUCUUUAAUGUGACGUACGCGAUUCAGAUUAAACAUGAUGAUUACUCGUGGGUUUGGGCCAAAUGUGACACAGAGAGCCUGGUAUCAAACCUCUGUACAGUGCGUGGUACUACGGCACGAGUGACUGAUCUGCAACAUAACACUAAGUAUUACUUCAGGGUGUGCAUCAUCUCUAAAGGCGUCAAGAGUGACUUCAGCCGACCAUCAGAGGCAUUGAGAACAGCAGGUGAUGUUGGGUAUACUGAUUCUGCCAGUUGUUGUAUCUUAAGCUUCUUGCUUUUACAUUAAGUUUUUUAUAGAUCUUAUAUUUUUCUAUGGAUUUCUUUCGCCAGCGUUAGAUUAUUUCAUUACAUGACCUAGAUAAACUUAGACUUUCUUGCAACAAUAUCCAAAAGUGGACUGAUUUGGGUGCCAAAUAUUGUUAGUACCAAAAUUUCUUCCAGAUGAUUGGUUCAUAUUGAGGAGACCCGAUCCUUAACGUUCUUUAGCACUACCUAGUCUAGAUCUGUUGCAACCCUAUGAAAAAGUUUGUACAAGUUCUGUGUCUAGUUAGCAAGGUGUGACGUUCUGAGAAGAACAUUUUGAUAAAUUCGAAGGUGCUGUUUAAUGAAACUCCUGCGCUACAUUUAAAACGUGUCACUUCUGUCGUACAGUCAAAUAUCAAACUGAACCGUUUCCGAGAACGAAUAUUUAAACGAUUUUUAAUCAAGGAACAGGUAUAAGUGAGAGGCACAAGGAUGUUUUUUUUAAUAAUUUGGAUAUAUCAACAAAGUUGAAAUGGUAAAUUGGCCACCGUAAGGAUGUUUUUUUUAGCUAUUUUGGCCAGUUAUGACGGAACUGAAAUACAGAAACCAAAGUUUUCGAGGUUCGGUCGAACGUAUGUAACCACCAUUUUUGUUGAACAUGGGAGGUAACAGAUUCUUCGGUUGCCAAGGUGUACAUCUCUCCGAGUUAUCCUCUCCAUAUCGUCAGUAAUUACAUAAUAUAUCGCAGAAUAAUAGAGCAUUCACAGUGAACAUUACAAGACGUGAAUGCCCUUUUCAGUUUAUCUUUCUAAUUGUAUGAUGCACAGCUAAGUGACUACGAUUAGAAAUAUAAGGCCUGACUUAUGAAUAGUGGAAGUAUGACUUUUCGUUGUCCACUAAUUCAGAUCUAAUACUCUAUAUAAACAGCUGUUUUAUUUCACACUGAUAUGUUGUGAAAAAGAACAGAUUGGAGAGAAAGGUACAUCCAUGAUAUACUCAAAGCACUUAUUUCUUUUUUUUUUUUUUUAAGAAUCACACCUUUUGAUAAGAAAGAAAGCAGCUUCGAGUCCGGUCAUGUUUGGGCUAAAUUUGGUAACAAUAAAAUCGUUAAAGAUUGAGGAAAUUCUUCCAUCCCGUUCACCAGUGCGCCCUAUGCCAAACCUCGCCUUUUUUCUGAGGUCUCGUGCCUUAUAGCAAAUUUAUUGCUUGGUAAAAAGGAAACAAAUCUUUAUUAGAAAGGACAAUGAUAGCAAAUGGCUAAGUACAAAGGGGAACGUACGAUCGCCUUGGCCACCAGGGAACAGAAAGUCGGACCUGUAGACUUGUUCCGUCUAGAUUUAAGUUUUUGAGGGCGCCCUAUAGCUCCAGCUGUGUUCCAAUUUUAAUCGUAACUCUCUAUGGAGCUUCCUCAAUCCUGUAGAUAGCGAGGUGGACACUUUUUUCCGCAUGUUUCAAGGUUAUUUCUGCUAGGUGCUUCUGUUUUGUUUUGCAGACUGAUAUACACUGGUGGCCGCUGAAGAAAGUUUCAAGCUUUAUCGUUGCAUCCAUUCAGCUGAUAUGCCAUUUGAAGUGCAGUUCGCACGUCUCUUACAUAACCACUGGAAUGGAACAGUUAGCUUGUAAAGUGAAAGCAAAAGGGACUCAACAGAAAUUUGCUGCUUCGUCUCUGGACUGGCUCCACUUGAUAAUCUGAGUACAACGUAACUUGACG